UAUAUUUACAGGGAAAACAAGAAUGAAUAACCUCAAGCCGAUAAAAUUAAGAAAAAAGUUGGGACAGAACCAAGAGGAGGAAAAGGUUACCAGACAAAGGCCCAAUACCAGUCAAGGAACCGUUCCUCACAGUUUUAUGAACACAAUAGGUGGAGUUGGAUCUAAAUUUGAUUUAAGACAGGACGAUCCAUUGCUAGCAGGCCCUUCAACUCCCAUUGCAAAUCGGUCUCUUAUCGGAUCAACUCAAUGCCAAUCGAAUAAUAUAUCUAAAAGGUCUAUUUAUCGUCAAAUUGAGGAGGAAGCUCGGAGAGCAGAAGAAGAGGCAAUGCGUGAGACUAUAAACCAUAUGAACCAAAGUACUACUAAAUUUACCAAAGAAGAGCUCUCAACUGUCUUGGAAUCUAACCGGAAAAAGUUUAAGAGUCGUCCGAUGACUGCUACUUACCCAAAGAAGAAUAAUGAUUUGAGUUUAUUCACAGCUCACAAAGACCUUGGCAGAUCGAGAAUUAUGGAAGAGCCUGCACAAGUGGCAAAGCCUGAGGUUGUUAUCUCCAAGAAGGUGCCUGAUUCUGCCAAUAUUUCUACGACCCAAACUGAGGUAAAGCAGCGCCCUCGAAGCAAAAUCUCACUAAAUAGAAAAGGCAUCGCUAAUGCUAAGAGCAAACUUAAGGUAAAGAUGGAUAGGAAGGUUGAUAUGAAAUCUGUGAUAUUAGCGAAAAAUAAUGAAAAAUUUAAACUUGCCUCCACUGAUCUAGCUGAUCAGAACACAGCCCAGAUGAAAAGACUCGAGAGAAAAUUAGACCAUGGAAUUCCCUUUGCUGGAAAAUAAUAUCGAACUAGGCCCACAGAAAUCUCUAUUUCCUUCUAGAAAAACAGAACAAGAGAUGAUAAGGUUUGCAGACACUUUUGUAGAACCUACUCCGAAGGAUCUAGGUAAACUUAAGGGAGUUACCAAGAUUGAAGGUGAAGAAUUUGAGCUGAAGAAAGCUCUAAUUAAGCCUAAGAGAAAACUUCUGAAGCCUAUCAAGGUCAAGAAGCAUUUUGAUGUAGACCUUUCCCAGCUCAAUACUGACCAUCACAGUAAAAAGAGGUUUGAAGAACUUCUCUCUAAUUUUAAGAAAUCUAUUGAUACUAUGAAAAUUAAGGAGGAUGAUACUGACAACUGCUUGAUUGAAGGCAAGAAAGGGCUUGAACUGUACCUCAAUAAGAACUACGAUUCAGCACUCGUUUGCUUUAAAAAUACAUUAAAUCUUGGCCAGAGUCUGAAGAAUUCCAAGUUAAGACUAGAUUGCUUAGUGUGGAUAGGCUAUACUCUCCGAAUCUUAUUGGAAAACAAAAAGACAACAACUGCUGCUAUACCUCCCCAGGCUGACUUCCUUUCUUCCUCAAACGAGGAUAAGUCUGAAGAACUGAUUGCAAUCACUGUUGAAUCUUUGGAGACUGCUUAUGCCCUUGCAAAGGCUUUGAAUGAGACAAAGUUAUCACAAGAGUUAAUGUGCAAUCUAGGAAUCAUAAGAGGAAACAUGACUAUGUCAAUGUAUGCAGACCAACAUUUAGCCACACUUGUGAAUACAGAAUCAUUAUAUGGAGACCUAGACGACGAUGAAGAAGCUAUUGAGGGAGAAGAAGACGAAGAAACUAAGGAACAAGUUGACCCUGAUGACUAUCUUGAAGAUUUACCAGUUGGAGAAGCCUUUAUGUAG